AUAUAUACCUGAUCGAUCAUUGUAAUUCCAUCCAGUUCUAACCAUUUCUUCCGGCCAGUUCCAAUCUUGAUUCUCAGUUUUUGAGGUGGAGAGAUGAGUUCUGCUUCUUCAAUUGCAUCUUACAAAAGGCUAGAGGGGAAGGUGGCAAUUAUCACUGGGGGUGCAAGCGGGAUUGGAGCAAGCGCUGUGCGCAUAUUCCACGACCAUGGCGCCAAAGUUGUCAUAGCCGACAUCCAAGACGACCUCGGCGAAGCCAUUGCCAAGAACCUAGGCGACGAUGUCUGCUACAUCCACUGCGACGUAUCAAAGGAAGACGACGUCAGCGAUCUCGUGGACGCAACCAUUGCCAAAUACGGAAAGCUCGACAUCAUGUACAACAACGCCGGCGUCCUAGACAGCGCAUUUGGGGGCAUUCUGGACACCACGAAGGCAGACCUGGACAAAUGCAUCGGCGUUAACUUGGUCGGAGCUUUCUUAGGAGCCAAGCACGCUGCGAGAGUCAUGGUGCCCCAACGCAAGGGUGUCAUACUGUUCACUGCCAGCGCUUGUACAGCAAUAGGAGGGCUUUCAACUCACUCUUAUGCCGCGUCCAAAUACGCUAUAUGGGGCCUGGCCCGGAACCUGGCGUCGGAGCUUGGGAAAUACAGCAUAAGAGUGAACUGUGUUUCGCCUUUUGCCGUGCUGACCGGCAUGAAUUCGAAGGGAAUAGAUGCAGAUGAUUUUGCGAAAAUGGAAGUUGCGGUGAGCGCGAUGGGGAACCUCAAGGGAGAAGUACUUAAGGCGGAGGGCAUUGCGCGGGCUGCGCUCUUCCUGGCUAGCGACGAAGCCAAUUUUGUUAGUGGACUCAACCUUGUGGUCGAUGGUGGAUUCAGUGUCGUCAAUCCUACCCUCAUGAUGAUGGCUGAUCAAAUUGUUUCAUAAAACUAUUUUUCGAGAGGGGACCUGAUAAUUGCAUAAUAAGUUGUGCACAACCUGUCGUGCACCCAGCUUUUUCCUUUCGAGAGACUAACGUUUUUCAUUUACUGUUUUUGCUGCUGUCAUAAAAAAUAAAGGAAAACUGUUUUUGUUUCGGUA